GAGAGUGAGGCGGCAGUAAGGGGUGGCUCUACGACCCUCUUCUGAGGGGGGGUGCGAUUAAAGCAAAAAUAAUAUACACACAUAUACACGCCCAGGCCGCGAGAUAGCUCCUAUGUCGACAUUGUCUUUUUUAGUAAGCAUAUAGCUUAAUAACUCUAUUAAAAUGCCUAUUUUACUUUUCCUGAUAGACACGUCCGCUUCUAUGAAUCAGCGCACUUAUUUGGGUACGACGUAUCUGGACAUUGCUAAAGGCGCGGUUGAGAUCUUUAUGAAGCUGCGUGCCCGAGACCCGGCUAGUAGAGGCGACAGAUACAUGCUAGUUACAUUUGAUGAGCCACCAUACGGAGUUAAGGCGGGAUGGAAGGAGAACCACGCCACGUUCAUGAGUGAGCUGAAGAACCUGCAGGCCUCGGGCCUCACCACGUUGGGCCAGGCACUGCGGGCCGCCUUCGACCUGCUCAACCUCAACCGCCUCGUCUCCGGGAUCGACAACUACGGACAGGGACGGAACCCCUUUUUCCUGGAGCCCUCGGUGAUCAUCACCAUCACGGACGGAAACAAGCUAACGCAUAACUCGGGGGUAUCGGAUGAGCUGCACCUGCCCCUGAACUCGCCCAUGCCGGGCAGUGAGCUGACCAAGGAGCCCUUCCGCUGGGACCAGCGCCUCUUCGCCCUGGUGCUCCGCCUCUCCGGCACCGCCACCCCGGACAGCGAGCAGCUGGGCAGCGUUCCCACGGACGAGUCGGCCAUCACACAGAUGUGCGAGGUCACCGGAGGGCGGUCCUACUGCGUGCGAACCCAGAGGAUGCUGAACCAGUGCCUUGAGUCCCUGGUCCAGAAGGUCCUGAGUGGUGUGGUCAUAAACUUUGAGAAGAGUGGGCCGGACCCCCCCCCGCUGGGCGAAGACGGCCUGGUGGACCCAGCCCGGCCCGUCCCAAACCUGGGACCGCAGACUUGGCACAGCUGCCACAAGCUGAUCUACGUGCGCCCCAAUCCCAAGACCGGCGUCCCGGUGGGACAUUGGCCAAUCCCAGAGUCUUUCUGGCCGGACCAGAACUCGCCGACUCUGCCGCCCCGCUCGGCCCACCCCGUGGUACGCUUCUCCUGCGUGGACUGCGAGCCCAUGGUGAUCGAUAAGCUGCCCUUCGACAAGUACGAGCUGGAGCCCUCGCCGCUCACGCAGUACAUUCUGGAGAGGAAGUCGCCGCACACGUGCUGGCAGGUUUUUGUGAGCAGCAGCAGCAAGCACAACGACCUGGGGCAACCCUUUGGCUACCUGAAGGCCAGCACCACGCUCACCUGUGUCAACCUCUUUGUCAUGCCAUACAACUACCCCGUCCUGCUACCGCUCCUGGACGAUCUGUUCAAAGUGCACAAGCUGAAGCCCAACCUGAAGUGGCGACAGGCCUUUGAGAUCUACCUGAAGACCAUGCCGCCGUACUUCCUCCUGCCACUCAAGAAGGCACUGAGGAUGAUGGGAGCUCCCAACCUCAUCUCCGACAACGUAGACUGCGGCCUCAGCUACAGCAUCAUCUCUUACCUGAAGAAGCUGAGCCAGCAGGCCAAGAUAGAGUCAGACCGCCUUAUUGUGUCGGUGGGGAAGAGGCCCCCCCAGGAGACAGGCCUCAAGGUGCGAUGUGCGUCAAGAACCUUGUCCUUGGCUUGCCGGCGCGACUUCCAGCAGCUGCUGCAGGGUGUCAGCGGGGAAAUGGCUCUUCGUCUGGCUGAUAUCAGCCUCAAAGAGUUUGCUGGCUUUCAGGUGGCCCUGCUCAACAAGGACGUGAAGCCCCAGGCGUACCGGAACGCCUAUGACAUUCCCCGACGGGACCUUCUGGACCAGUUGACCAGAAUGCGCUCCAACUUGCUGCGCUCGACGCAGAAGCUCAUGCGAGGGCAGGACGAAGACUCCCUGCACAGUAUCCCUGUGGCCCAGAUGGGCAAUUACCAGGAGUACCUGAAGAUGAUGCCAUCCCCCCUGCGUGAAAUCGACCCCGACCAGCCCAAACGGCUCCACACGUUCGGGAACCCCUUUAAGCAGGACAAGAAGGGGAUGAUGAUCGAUGAAGCAGACGAGUUCGUAACAGGCACCCAGAACAAGAAGAGAGGGGGGGCAGGGGACCCAAAUUUGGGGGUGGCACUGAAGAGAAGGCGGAGCAUGUCUCCCCUUUUGAGGAGACCCCAGUCGGCACCAAUGGUCACCAACCACACGGUGGGAAAGGGGCCCUCAGGGAAAGGUGCGCCGGCUCAGCAGGGACUCAUCAAACCCACUCCCCUUCACAAAGGAGUGGAGGGGAACAGCGUGAUGGGUGUGGAGAGCAACGGAGAUCGAACCCAGAGCACAGAAACGGCCGAUGGUUGGUCUGGCUGUCUAGAUGGCCUAGAGAGAUCCACACUAGGUCUUACCCCAGAGGAGAGGUCAGGAGCCAGCAUGGGGGAAGAAGGGGUCAUGAUGGGGCUCGAGGAUGGCCUAGACGAGAGGUCCUCUACAGACCAUCUGGAAAACUGCGAGGGCCUCAGUCCCCCACAGCAGCAGGGGGCAGCAGAGGAGGCUGGGGACACAGUCACGGCAGGAACUGUGUUUGUUCCGCCUCUGGACGGGACCAAUGCUGAGCUGCGCAUGCGAGUGAUUAAGGAGGUCCGGAAACCUGGCCGUAAUUUCAAGGCGAUAUUCAGUCUCCUGGAAGAGGUGAAGGGGCCCAUAGAGGUGCAGAAGUACUUCAUUCAUAAUGCCAUCAAAGAGGCUGCCAGGUUUAAGAAGCGGGUUCUGAUCCAACAGCUGGAGGAAGCCCUAGUGCAGAUGGACCAGCGACAGCUGCUGCAGCUGCCGACGCGUGUCAACAAUGUCCACGGCAGAUAAUGUGACGGCGGACGCACUCGGGGACAGAAAACACGGAGGACGAGCGCGAGACGGAGACCGGUGGUGAUGGAAACAGACACAGCGGCCUGUGUGUUCGACUCCACCCACCCGCAGCGUGGGAGGGAAGACGUAGGAAGGGGCUGGUAAAUAGAGGGCAAGCAGCUAAGAUGGUGAGUGCAGCACAUCUCCUCCACCACCACCACCAGAGGACGCUACAACCCAGCAGACUCUGUGGAGGAGCUGAGAAGAGGACGCACAUCUGUGAUCCUGUUCCUCCCUGUCCCAUCAGUGGUCAUCUGUGGCCUGGCCACGAGGGGUCUCGUUUGCAAAGGGGCAGGAGUAGGGCAGACAACAGAGAAGUAAAGGUAGGGGUGGUUGGCCAAUGACAGUGAGAGGCCGGAGACACUCCAGAUGCUCCUGUCAUAUACACACACACACACACACACACACACACGUGCCAGUGCACAGCUGGAGAGUAGCAGUCCACCGGGGAGGGCAAAGCGGGGCAGUUAGGCUGCAGGUUGCCUUUCAGCUCUGUAAGCUGGUUACAGGGGUAAGUGGACAUAGUGGGUAUAGGGGGCACCUUGUACUGCUCUGUUGGAGCUCAUAUGCAGCAUCCUGAUAGUCAUCGUCCAGUCUCCCAGUUGGACAGUCAGACUUCCUGAAUAGAGCAGAGAAGGAAGAAACAGCUAAAAGGCCUUCAGCCUAGAGCUGGCUGAACGGUGAGGGUAGGAUGGCGUCCAAAGACACACACACACACACACACACACACACACACACACACACAUCAAGACCAUUUGUCUGCAUGAGGAGUCACAUCUACCUCAGCUUCCUCAUGUUUUCCGAGCAACUUUUCAUCUUUGAGACGUUGCCCUUUUUUUUUUUUAAUUUUUUUAAAGUUUACUUCAGACCGACAUUCCAGCAGUAGUCAGAUGCCAUCGUUUACUGGGUCCCUCCCCCAGUUGUCAGCGUUUCACUGGCCCACAGUGCAGCCUCAGCUCUGGUGGUUGGGAAGCCCAUCUCAUUUUCAAGUCAACCGCCCCCACGGUUCCCACGUAGGAGCGCUGUCAUGUUAUUUAGAGUGGCUCACGACACAUCCCCACACCCCCCGUUAGGUGCACAUAACGCACCAUUCAAAAGCUGCACACACACUAUUGACCCCUUUCGUCACUUCUGUUUUUUUUGUUUAAAUAACGGAUGUAUUAUACCACUUUUUAAUGUUCCUUCUUAAAAAUAGAGAUUAUUUUUGGACAAUAUUCUUAC